GCGCCUCCCGUCGAAAGGUGGCGCGUGAAAACAGCCGUCCGGAUCCCCCAGUUGCCGCGCGUUGGCGUGCGAAGGUCUGGAGGAGGAGCAAGGUCCGCGGCGCGCACGCUGACAUCAUAGCUCAAUUGUGAGCUCAUCAACCGGCGGAAGAUCCGCCAGGCGAACGUGCGCGGAGCGCACACGCGCACGAGUGAGAUCAUGGCGUUCAGGUAGUCUACGCGCGCGCACACGCAGCCUAGGUCUCAAUGGGAGAGGUCACGUGGGAGUAUCUGCGAAAAGAAGACCUUCAGGAAAGCGCCUCCACCCGUCCCAGAAAUGCCCCGGAAGUGCCUGCGCCCUCAGUAAAGAUGGCAGUAGCAUUUGCCAGGAGGGGGGCGGUGCUGCGCCUGCGCAACAAGCUCGGCUGGGAAAAUGGCGGAUGACAAGGAUUCUCUACCCAAGCUCAAGGACCUGGCAUUUCUCAAGAACCAGCUGGAGCGCCUGCAGCAGCGUGUGGAAGACGAAGUCAACAGUGGUGUAGACCAGGAUGGCUCGCUCUUGUCCUCUCCAUUCCUCAAGGGCUUCCUGGCUGGCUAUGUGGUGGCCAAACUGAGGGCGUCAGCAGUAUUAGGCUUUGCCGUGGGCACCUGCACUGGCAUAUAUGCAGCUCAGGCGUAUGCUGUGCCCAAUGUGGAGAAGACAUUGAGGGACUAUCUUCGAUCACUGCGCAAGGGGCCCGACUAGCUCUGGAUCCCAUGGGGGAGGCAGGAUGAGCAGCUGGGGCCUGCAGGUGGAGGCCUUUCAACCACAGAUGCCAUAUCUGGCCUCCCCGGCUUUCACCCAUUUGCUGUCUCCAGCUUUCCUGCCGCCUUCCUGCAGAGGCUGGACAGUGGCUCAUCAGCCAGCACCCUGGACUCCUCGCCUCCAUAACCCCAUGGCAUUGGCCCCAAGACAGUGGCUUCUAGAACCACCAGCCCCUUCCUCUUCUAGCCCUUACUGUGGAGUUUGCAGCUGACUCUGAUUCUCAGUAUUCUCUCUGGCGGUGUACCAAGGCUCCUCUUCCCUGGGAGCCAGCUCCAUCACUUGAUUUUCCCCAAACGUGUCACAGUCCCCACUGACCCCCCUUGCUAGCCGCACAGGCCACCCAGGGUCUAGUUUGGGCAUGAGUGUAGAGGACGGGGGUGUGCCAGGCCUGGGCCAUCCCAGGCAGGCCCGCUGGACCCUGAUGCUACUCGUGUCCACUGCUAUGUACGGUGCCCAUGCCCCAUUGCUGGCACUGUGCCACGUGGAUGGCCGUGUGCCCUUCCGACCCUCUUCGGCUGUAUUGCUGACUGAACUGACCAAGCUGCUGCUGUGCGCCUUCUCCCUCCUGGUGGGCUGGCAAGCAUGGCCCCAGGGGACCCCGCCCUGGCGCCAGGCCGCCCCAUUCGCACUAUCAGCCCUGCUCUACAGUGCCAGCAACAACCUGGUGAUCUACCUUCAACGUUACAUGGACCCCAGCACCUACCAGGUGCUGAGCAAUCUCAAGAUUGGAAGCACAGCCCUGUUCUACUGCCUCUGCCUCCGACACCGCCUCUCUGCACGCCAGGGCUUAGCACUGCUGCUGCUCAUGGCAGCAGGAGCCUGCUAUGCAGCUGGUGGCCUCCAGGACCCUGGGAACACCCUUCCUGGGCCCCCUUCAGCAGCUGCUGCAGGCCCCAUGCCCCUGCAUAUCAGUCCACUGGGACUGCUGCUUCUCAUCCUGUACUGCCUCAUCUCAGGCUUGUCUUCCGUGUACACAGAGCUGCUCAUGAAGCGACAGCGGCUGCCCCUGGCACUUCAGAACCUCUUCCUCUACACUUUUGGUGUGCUCCUGAACCUAGGUCUGCAUGCAGGUGGCGGCCCCGGCCCAGGGCUCCUGGAGGGUUUCUCAGGAUGGGCAGCACUCGUAGUGCUGAGCCAGGCGCUAAAUGGGCUGCUCAUGUCAGCUGUCAUGAAGCAUGGCAGCAGCAUCACACGCCUCUUCGUUGUGUCCUGCUCACUAGUGGUCAAUGCCGUGCUCUCAGCAGCCCUGCUGCAGCUUCAGCUCACGGCUGCCUUCUUCCUGGCCACGCUGCUCAUUGGCCUGGCUGUGCGCCUGUACUAUGGCAGUCGCUAGCCCCUCACCACCUCCACCCUGAUUCCUGACCUGUAGAUUGGGCGCCACCAUCGGAGCCACCUCCCAGUGCUGACCCCUCCCCUCAGCAGCCCUGUAACAAGUGCCUUGCGAGAAAAGCUGGGGAAGUGCGAGCAGCCAUGUCAGUCUCUGGAGGUAGGUGCAUGGAGGGUUGAGCCUGGGAGACUUGAAGCCUGGGUUUGAUUAAGGAAACUCUUACACCCCCAGAAGUUCUUCCUGACUAAGGAAUUAGGGGAGCAUCAGUUCAUGGGCCUGAGAAAUGAUACCGUGCCUGAUGGGAGGAGGUGCCCUGCCUCAACCUGCAUGAAUGCAGUUUCUUAAAGUGGGGUGUGGGCAGCAGUUGGCUUUCCUUGCCUGCUCUGAUCACCCCAGCAGACCCACGGCCCCCAGGCCUGGUGCUGGCUGCUCCAGCCCAGCCAUGGUGCGUGACUCCCCCGUGACUUACUCACCCCCCACUGUCAUGUAGGAAAGCCCAGUUGCUGCACAUUAUACGCCCAUCACCCAGGCCUCUGCCAUGCUCCCCUAGCGGCAGCAGCACCUGGAAAUAAUGCCCCCGCUCUCUCCACAUCCAGCCUUUGUUCUGGAAACCUCAGAGAGGACUGGGGCUUGACACAUCUCAGGGAAUGUUGCCCCUGGGCCCUGGCUUAAGCUACGCUCCUGACCUCUCUGCUCACCCUAAGGACUCUCUCAAAGCCCGCUGCCCCCUCUAUAGCUCCUAGGAGGUACCAUCCUUCCCACUCUGGGUCUUGCCCUUUCCUAGCAGUGUCCCAGCUCCCAACAGCCUAGGGAAACUCUACACAGAGUGACCUGGGACCAGGCACAGGGAAACUUGUACAGCUCAGUCAGUGUCUGUAUAAGCAAUAAGGUCUUAAUAAAGUGCUCUGGGGUGUAGGUGGUUCCUACAAUUGGC